CUUAUGUCAUUUGCUUCAAGACUUUAUCUGCUUAAGGGACUUUGUGUUUGGGCCAUGCCACAAUGGUUAUAAUUUGGAUUUUGUUGCUGAGUUCUUUUGAUCUUGGCCCACAGAUAUCCUGGGCUAAGAGCUUGUCUAGUACUGCUAAAGUACGUUGUACCAGAGGCAAACUGUGUGACCCCAGGCUGAGGAGAGAUGCUGGGGGACGUGGGGGAGUCUAUGAGCAUCUUGGAGGGGCACCGAGGCACAGAAAGCUUUACUGUGCUACCAAAUAUCAUCUUCAAAUCCAUCUCAAUGGAAAAAUUAAUGGAACGCUGGAGAAAAACAGCAUCUUUAGUAAGUUUGUCCAAAUAAGUGAAUGUAUUGAAGUUUUUCUUUUUUUUCUUUAUCUGCAAUGUUCUUUAUUUAAUGCAUUAACUAUCUGUUGUUUCUUACAGUGGGCUUGUUGCAUUUUAAUGUAAAGCAAACCUUUAUUUUAAGGGGUUUAUUCACUAAACAGUGAAUUGUGGUGAACUGAAAAUUCAGUUUCCUCAAUUUAAGACAAAGUAUACAAGUUGUUAUUAUAGGUCAUUUGUGCAUAUUGCUCUUAAUUUUACAAAUUUGGCUUUGGCAAAGUUAAAGUGCAUUGCUUAUACACCCCUAAUUGUUUAAUGUAUUGGAGCAAGAGUAAAAAAUGAAAUUGUAAUGUGUUUAUGAUAUAAAAAGAAAAUAUUCUAGUGAGAGAUUGUAUUAAAUUAAACUCAAGUUAUAGGUAAAAAGUUAUGUCAGAUAAAAAGAUGAGCUGAAACUCACUGCAUUCAUCAUAGGGUCAUCAUCAAUGCCCAGAACAGACUGGAGGCAUUUAAUCAAUCCAUAUUUUAAUUUCACAUAUAUCUUUGGCAUCUGUUUUGGUCCAAAUAAUAGAUGCAUAAGUCAGUAUAUUAGAUUGCCACUUUUUUAAACAAAAACUUUUUUUCUUUUCUGGAAAUAACUAUGCAAUCUGUUUGCUUUCAGCCUUAGCCAGUCUAGACAAAGAAACAAACAUUUUUUUUCUUUAUUAAUACAAAGACCUACGUUCACCUUUUUUCAUGUUGUCUCCUAUUUCGUUCGGGAGAUGUUUUCAUUGAAUGGGAUAGGACUUUCAAACGACAGAGCAUUAUCUUGCUCCAUGUGUGCUUUUCUCUGAAUUAACCUGGAGGGUAAGGGUGUACCUUCAUCCUUCAGCUGGGUCCGCAAGCACAUCAUCUGUUUAAGAGUGUCUUAUUUAUUUAUUUAUUUAUUAAAGGCAUCCAUUCUGGACAAUAAGCUCACUACAGCAUGCUAUUACACAAUUUGUUUAAUUUCCCUACUUUUAAAGCCUCUUGUCACUAAAAUCAAAAUCAGAAUACACUCUCUGUAUUCCAACCCAAUUGUCCCAUCUUGAUGUGGACAGUAAAUUCAUUUACAUAUCUGUUUGUCAUUCUUUUACAUAUCUGUUUGUCAUUCUUUUGAAAAGAGUAGGACAGUGCAAAAUUUAGAUCAGUGAUGAGCUAAAUUAGUGUAUAUACACCUGGUUACAUUAAUGAGUUAAUAUUAGCUCUAUAAAAAAUGUUCUAUCUCUAGGUAAAACCCAUCAUAUUCCUUCAACACACAUGGUAGUACAGAAUGUUGGAAAAGUCUUGGCAUGCUAUGGAAUUGGGGUUUUAUUAGUAAAGGUAAUAGUUUCAUAUAAGGGCAGUGAGGGAUACAGAAAUUUAAAUGUGCGGUGGCACUUUAAUUCUGCAAAUUACAUAUCCAGUAUUACAGAACACUCUGUUAUUGUUGAUAUUUUACAUUCACCAGAUAGCUGAACCCUAUAGUGCUUGGUAAAAUCUGUACCUGUAAACUCAGUUCCACGGUUUAUGUUAAUUCUGGAUUUUGGGAACACAACAUAUAGAUUUCUGUGGUUCAUGUGAAUAUUGAAAGGAUUAACUGGAACAUGAUCAAAUUUUAGGGGUUGUACCUUUGAGCAGAAAAAAAACCCAAACAUGUGAAUAAAUGCAAUAUGACCUUUGUGGGAAGGGUUUGGUUAAAAAACAUUUAACAGCAUCUUGCUGACAGGGAAUGCACUGUGAACAAGCACAAGCUGGUUCACUGCAUAAUGCUUAUCUAAAAUAAACUCAUCCCUUUGGCACUCUGAUGGUUAAAUAAGAGUAGGAUUUCAAGGGUUUAUUGACAAACCUGUAAAAAGCCAUAAUAGAUGGAGCUUAGUUCAGUUAAGUUUUCAGUCUCGCAUGUCAAUUGCUUUUCUUCUUUCGGACAUGCUUUUUAAAUAACACAUGUUGAACCUGACCUGUCCAUACAACAAAUGCCAGGGUGAUCCCUGGGAGGCCCUGCAACAAUACAUAAGAUCUUUGGGCAUUGUACGAGUUCAGUCCUGGCUAAAGCUACUUAUUCUCAAUAAAACAAAUUAACUGUGCUGUCUAUUUGUUGUAAUGCAUUAUCCCAACAUUUGGGAUUUCACAGAUUAAACCUGACUGCUUCACCAAUCGAGUGUGCCACUAAUACCCUGCAAAAUAUUGUUUGUUUUCCUAAUCCCCAAAUACUUUUAAAACAUUUAGACUCUUGCUUUUGAUGGCAAACAGAGAUUAGAAAACCUCAAAGGAUUGGGGAGGAGUAAGGAAACCACUAUUUCCUAAAAGGAAACUCUACUUAUGAAAAGCUUUUAAAGACAUCUCUCAUGCUUCAUGGACAGCACAGUACAUGAUCACUCACAACACAUGUGCAAUGAUACUCACACAGUUGUGAAAACUAUUCCUCGAUAUAAAAAUGAACAAGCCGUGGUCCUAGAUAUUAUUAUAUUGGUGCUUUUCUGCUGAUGACAAAUGUUUCUCAACAUCAACAAAAACAUGUUGGCGACAUUCAUUAAGGUGCCUUUUUUCUAAACGAAUGAAUGAAGUUCAAUGUAUAUUUAGUUUAAAUAAACCUGAUGAGCAAUUACAUAUUUUUUACAAACAUUAGAAACACUGGAUCAUCACAACAUUUGCUGCUCUGGAAAAAAUAUAAAAAGAGCAUCUAUGACCCUGUCAUCAUAUUUAUGGAGCAAUCUCCAUAGAAACCAAAGGAAUGUUCUUGCAGACUACUCUGCUUUUCGCACUUUACCCCGUUAAAGCUCUUUGCCCCCCCCGCCCCCCACCUAUGCAUUCUGUACAUAAUUAUCUGGGUAUCCCAGCAAGCACAGCCAAGUGACUUAAAUCUUCAGUAAUCAAAGGUGCAGUUUGGGUACAGCACGUCUUAAAUAGUUACUGAUGAUGAACAUAUCUGCUCAAACUUGUUUUUAUACGUAUGUGGUAAACACUUCACCACUAACGCUGUUAAAACAUAACAAAUUAGUUCAUUGAUACUGUCGUGUAGCAUAAAGAAAUAAUACAUGGGAAUUUUCUAAAUGUCAUGCAUGGAAAGUAGGGAUUAAAUAAUAGGUUUUGUUUAUUUCUAGGUAUAUUAGAAAUAACCGCUGUGGAUGUGGGAAUUGUCGCCAUCAAAGGCCUGUUCUCUGGGAGAUAUCUUGCUAUGAACAAAAGAGGGAGACUUUACGCCUCGGUGAGUGCCAUGAAAUGCCAAAAACCUUCUUUUCUCUGAAUCCAAACAUAAUAAAAAGGUGUUUCUUGCAACAGUUACUAUGCCUGCAUGAGCAUGUGUUUGUUUUACUUUGCAAAGGCAAGGACUGGGUUCAUGUUAGCUCAUAGGAGAAAUAAUUAUCCUGAGAAGCACUCUCAUAUAAACGGCAUAAUACUUCCUAAAGCAGCAUUGUGUGAUAAUUAUUUGACAGUUACUGCACCCUACAGAACAAUAAUACUGCUUAACCUAGGCUUUAAAUAGUUAAAGAGACCAUAGAGGGAAAAAACAAAACAAACAUUUUGUCAUAAAAUUUCCAUUCUUCAAAUUAUUAUUAUUAUUAUUUAUAUAGCGUCAGCGAUGCUGUACAAUGGGAAUCUAAAAAAGUAUAUAUUUAUAUAGUCAAAUCUUCAAAUGGUGUGACAGAUUUUACCAAUACGGUAUAUCUCUGAAAUGAUUAACGUCUACACUAUUAAGUUAUCUGUUCCACUAGAGUCCAUUUUUUGUAAACUAGAAAGAAAUGUGCAUAAUAAUGUUCACAUCAUAUCCCCCAGAUGAGACACUACAUAAUGAUAAAACAACAUCUCUGCUGGGCAGUAAAAAAAAAUUGAAUUUUUUUUUUCUUUUAAACGGAAGAGAAUAGCUUUCUUUGAAUUUGAAAAAACAGUGCAAACAAGUGCUGACGGUAUGCCGCUCACAAAUACUCAAAAGGGGCAGUGAAGAGGUUAAGAUAUCCAAUGGCCCAUUUGGAAUGAAAACGGCAAAAAAUAAUCUGUUGCACAGGUCACAUCUGGAAGGAUAUGGUGUCUGUGGGUCUCCGAAGCGAUAUCAGCCUGGGGGCCAAUUAAAGCGAAUGACUUGUAACUGUGCUGUAGCAGUAAACUGAAUGCUGUGCUAGAUGUACUUAAGCAGAUUUACCCUGAGCAUUAGAUUUUCUCUUUAUCGUGUAAAACACUGUAAAUUCUGCUAAUACCCAUUAUGUCUCUUAACUCCUUCAGACUUUUAUGAAAGGUAAAUCUGAAGCAUUCUAAUAGGAAAUUAGAAAAAACUAGACAAGUAUUCCUUCCAUUUCAUGGCUUAUUUAUCCAAGGCGCACAAACAAUGACUUUUUACUAAGCAGAUUGGUAAUGAUCUGUCAUGUUUUUUUUAAAUUUAAAUUAAAGCAAAUACUGUGUUAAGGUGUGCCGAGAGGGAUAGUAGGAAAAUGUGACUGGGUCAUCUUACUUCCCAACACACGUGCAUAUUUUUAUAUGCUACCUUGCACGUGCAUAGAAGCUUCUACGACAUGUGCAUGGGACUAAAAUUAUUUGUAUCAAAAGUCAGGGUGCAGGACUGAUCAUCGUGACAUAGUAUAUUCAUGUAACAUUAAAGGACCACUAUAGUGCCAGGAAAACAUACUCGUUGUCCUGGCACUAUAGUGCCCUGAGGGUGCCCCCACCCUCAGGGACCCCCUCCUGCCGGGCUCUGGGGAGAGGAAGGGGUUAAAGUUACCUCUUUCUCCAGUGCCGGGCAGGGAGCGCUCCUCUUCCUCGGCUGAAUGCGCAUGCGGGGCAGGAGCUGCGCGCGCAUUCAACCAGUCUCAUAGGAAAGCAUUCAUAAUGCAGUGAGAAGCAUGCAAGCGCCUCUAGCGUCUGUCAAGAGACAGCCACUAGAGGCUGGAUUACCUAUUUAUAAACAUAGCAGUUUCUCUGAAACUGCUAUGUUUAUUAAAAAAAAAGGGUUAAUCCUAGCUGGACCAGGCACCCAGACCACUUCAUUAAGCUGAAGGCACCCAGACCACUUCAUUAAGCUGGGUGCCUAUAGUGGUCCUUUAAGAAUAGACCCUGCAAAGCACUAAUGAUAUAACACAUGCCUCUGAUCAUUGCAUGUAAGAUACCGUAUUUUUCGCUCCAUAAGACGCACUUUUUUCCCCCUCAAAAGUGAGGGGAAAUGUCUGUGCGUCUUAUGGAGCGAAUGUGAAGAAUUACUUACCUGUCUUGGAGCGUGGGCCGGCUUCACAGCGCGCUCCGCGGUCCAGGAACUUCUAUUUCAGGUUCCGGUUUCCGGCGGGACUGAAAGGAAGUGUGCACACUCAGUGUGCACACUUCCUUUCAGUCCCGCCGGAAACCGGAACCUGAAAUAUUAGUUCCUGGACCGCGGAGCGCGCUGUGAAGCCGGCCCACGCUCCAAGACAGGUAAGUAAUUAUGGGACAAGGGGAGGGGGAGACACUAUGGGACAAGGGGAGGGGAGACACUAUGGGACAAGGGGAGGGGGACACUAUGGGAGAAAGGGAGGGGAGACACUAUGGGACAAGGGGAGGGGAGGAGACACUAUGGGACAAGGGGAGGGGAGGAGACACUAUGGGACAAGGGGAGGGGGACACUAUGGGAGAAAGGGAGGGGAGACACUAUGGGACAAGGGGAGGGGGGGACACUAUGGGACAAGGGGACACUAUGGGACAAGGGGAGGGGGAGACACUAUGGGACAAGGGCAGGGGGGGACACUAUGGGAGGGAAAGUGCACUAUGGGACAAUGGGAGGGGGGGACACUAUGGGAUCAGAACACUAAUGGACAAGGGGAGGAGGGGUUAAAGAACACUAUGGGACAGGGUAGGAGGGGUUAACAAUCACUAUGGGACAGGGUAGGAGGGGUUAACAAUCACUAUGGGGGUAGGAGGGGUUAACAAUCACUAUGGGACAGAGGAAAGGGGGGUUAAAGAUCAUUAUGGGACAGGGGAGAAAAAAAAAUAUUCUGAACAAACUGUCCCAUGGUAAGAAACACUAUGGAACAGUUUGUUCAGAAUAUUUUUUUUUCUGGGUUUCCUCCUCUAAAAACUAGGUGCGUCUUAUGGUGAGGUGCGUCUUAUGGAGCGAAAAAUACGGUAUAUAUAAUAGUUUUUUUUAUCUGAGGUAAUAAACAGGGAGCCCUCUAGACCUCAUGAUGCUCAGCAAUCAUUCUGAAACAAAAUGAGCAUAUCUAUGGUUCGGGAGAAAAUCACUGGUUUUUACUCCUUAAUAGCUGUUGCAUGUUGGCUAGCAAUAAUCUGUGAGUGAACCUAAAGAUUUCACACAUUCACAACAAGCUCCCAGUGCUGUGUUAUGCAAUAAUGUAUCUACUUGGUAAAUAAAUCCCAUAGAAAAGCAGAAACUGAGAAUUUAUGGACAUCUCCAAUCUUUUAAAAACACACACACACACAUAUGUAAAUGUGUUUGAAGAAAUGACAUCUCAAUGUCAUAUUAUAAUUAUAAAAAAGUUGUUGUCACAUCAUGGGAGUGCUAUUCAGGAUCGUACCUGCUACGAGGGGGCAUAAAAUGAACUCAGCAUGAAAGUUAAAAAAUGAACGAAUGGCCCAGUGGUACCCCGUUGCCAUCACCUGUGUAACAAACAUGAUCUCAGCCUGUUGAUAACCAGAAAUAUUGACAUCUAUAUUAUACUGAAUAACUAUGUGUAGCUUUUAGUGGAAUAGGGGAGAAACAACCUACUGAAGAGGAAGCACUCUUUUGACUUUUAGGCAGCAAAGUGAGCAAACUCACUUAAGACUUAAUUUGUGAGUUUACAUGAGAACAGGAAAAUGAAAAUCUAUUGUAAAUAUAGUGAUUACUCAGCCACUGACAGGCAGGUUUGUUUAGUUACCCUAUCUGUUUAUUGAAAUAAGGUAACACGAGCUGUUGAUAAAGGAAGGUUUUUGUAUCUUAUCUCAUUCGUAUGCCUUAGGAUGUGAUUGGUUACAAAUGCUUCUUCCUUCUUUAUCCUUAGGGUAAUGCAUUGGUUUGUGUACUGUUUAGAAAUAAAAUAUCUGAUAUAUUCUCAUUUAUCAAACGUGUAGUGAAACUACACACAUUGAUGUCACUUGCUUCAUCUCUCCUACGCUCCCACAAAGCCAAUACCAGCAGUAUCCUAGAUUCCAAAUAUAGAUAGCAGAGGUUCUUAACCUCUUUUUGGAAUCCCUACCAGAACACAAUCUGAGGAAUGCAAUAGCAAAUUUCUACUUUGUGUGAUACGUAAUGUUAAUUCACCAACUACCCGGAUUUCUCAAAAUUGUACGUAAUAAAGGAUGGAUCUUAAAUCUAUUCACUUGACAUAACCUUACUUAUAAGAAAAAGUCAGAAAAAAUUGCAAUAUCUAAUGCAUUUGAAAGAUCAGCUUGGGUAAGAUAUGGGUAAGAUAUAUCAUAGGUACACUCGCUGACUUUUUAAAGAAAGGUAGUAUUUUGGGUGCUUUUUGACUUUUUGAUUUACUCUUUAUUGGGUAGAAAAUUUGUAAAAAUUUACUUUUAUAACAUAAUUCCCUUAAGACCCAAUGGCAUCCCAUACUGUCAUCACAAACUGGUACUGGCAGACCAGGGGCAGCAUGUGUAGCAUUAUCAGCUUUGUUUAUUGAUUAGAUUCUUAUGUUCAGAUAAAUGGCUGUUGGUCAUGAACAAGUUAACAGGAUUUGUGAUCUCUAAAUAUAAAGCUCAUAAACUCUUAAACUCACAGGUAGUUGCCAGCUGUAGGUAUGUUACCUUGAUAAAAUAUUUAACUGUGUUCUUUCUCUGUUCCAGGAAACUUACAAUCCUGAAUGUGAGUUUGUGGAGAGAAUUCAUGAACUAGGUUAUAAUACAUAUGCUUCCCGCUUGUAUCGGACUGUUCCGAAUGGAGCUGGCACAAAACGCAAAGCCAGCGCAGAGAGACUUUGGUAUUUAUCCAUCAAUGGCAAAGGCCGACCUCGGCGUGGUUUUAAAACAAGAAGGACUCAGAAAUCUUCUCUGUUCUUACCAAGGGUGCUAGAUAACAAAGACCAUGAUGCAGUGCGGCUGUAUCAUACAAGCCCAAAGUACAGAGAAAGUAUUUUAAAACCCUCAAAAGGCAAUGGAAGAAAGAGGAGAGGACAUUGAGGGGAUAAAGAUGACUAAUUCUCCAAAAAAAAUUAAAAAUAGAACUCUAAGAAUGCAUCUUCGACAACAAGAAGAAAUUGUAGGACCACCCUAUCACGGAUAGCACAAUUUGUAUGGCUGAAAAUGAUGCAACAAACAAAUACAGUCAAUUGGGCAGUGACUGGUACAUGGAUACUUGAGUCAUCAGUUUGUGGGAGAUUUUUGCCUAACUAUUUGUCAUGCCCAAAUGAGGACCUGGCUCAUUAUGUUUAGACUUGUGCUACACAUAAUAUAUUUAAACAGCUACAUUUAAAUUAGACUGUGAUAUAUAUAUAUAUAUAUAUAUAUAUAUAUAUGUA